CAAAUUUUCAAUUUGAAAAAAUAAAAGUGCAAAAUGCGACUUCUCGAUCAGAAAUCAAGUGUCAACUGCAUCGACCCAUCUGAAUUGAUGCGACCGGAACCAGCAUUUGCCGAUAAAGAAAUAUCAAAGUUUCGUGAUUACACCAUCGAUCCUACAGAUCCAUUAAAAGAUCGCGUACAGCGUACUUAUCGCGAAAUGCAUCUAAAUCAGACUGUGGAUUUUGUUAAAGGAAGACAUGCCGAUUGGCUCCAGUUCAAUCAUUUCACAGCAACAAUACGCGAAGCAUUGGAAAAACUAAACGAUUUGGUGGACGAAUCCGAUCCGGAUUUGGAUUUGCCCAAUAUCGUUCAUGCAUUCCAGGCUGCCGAAAGGGCACGUGAAGAAUAUCCCGAUGAUGAUUGGCUUCAUUUGACUGGAUUGAUUCACGAUCUUGGCAAAGUGAUGGCAUUUUACGGUGAGCCUCAAUGGGCUGUUGUGGGCGAUACGUUCCCGGUUGGGUGUCUCUGGUCCGACAAUAUUGUCUAUCGAGACACCAGCUUCGCUGGUAAUGUCGAUGGAGAUAAUCCAAAGUACAACACCAAAUAUGGAAUGUACAAACCGAAUUGUGGUAUUACCAAUAUAACAAUGAGUUGGGGUCAUGACGAAUACUUGUAUAAUGUCUUGAAGCAUAAUAAAUCAACCCUACCAAAUGAGGCUCUGUACAUUAUCAGAUACCAUUCAUUCUACCCUUGGCAUACAUCUCGCGAUUAUACGCAUCUCGAGGCACCCGGCGAUGAAAACAUAAUGAAAUGGGUCAACAUAUUCAAUCGCUAUGAUUUGUACAGCAAGAGCGCGAAGAUACCAAACAUCGAUGAACUUUGGCCAUAUUAUCAAAAUCUUAUCGACAAAUACUGUCCUGGUGAAUUACAGUUUUGAAGAAAAAAAAAGGUGUCUGCCGACGUCUCUACUACACUCAAUUAUAUUAUGAGAUUUGACUUUUUAUCUGCAUUAAUCGGUUGUAUAUUGGAAUUUAUUGUUUUUUUAUUUCAUUGUGGUGGGGUCUAUAUGAUUAUUGAAUAAAUAAUGUUGUUACAAGAAAAA